UUCCUUAUCACGUUGAAAAAAAAACCAAAAGGAGAUAAUGAAAGUGAGCUUCGUGAGCUUUUAAAAGUUUAAAAUCGUGUAAAAAUAUUAUAUUUCUUCUACUCUUCUAUGUUAUUCGUGAAAUUUUGAGUCUUGGUUCGUUGAUAUAAAUAUUAAAUUCUUUCAAAAUGAGUACCUCUACGAUGUACAAAUUGAAAACUGUUUUUGAUUUCCCGGCACCGUUCAGGCAUACUAGCUCGAUGUAUAAACUGAAAAAUAUUCAAUUCAACAGAGUUUCCAAUUCGUCAGAUUAUACGUCUCAGGAAAAUCACAAUUCUGAAAACACCGAACUGCAUUCGGCAGAAAAAUUGGUUCUGUCUCGACAAGAGAAGUUAUUAGCUGAGCUUUCCAAGCUAAAAGAUCAAAUUAAUGCUUUUCGUGUAGAAGUAGACAAGUUGAACGUACCAAUGCCAGCUGCUUCGAAAAGUAAUCCAGUUUCUGUUUCCAAACUGCCUGAGAAAUUAGAUUAUUCUGCUUUACUAUCGGACGUUGCAGCGCAUGGUAUAGUGAUAAAUGCUGAUCCGAAUUACCCUCCUUACUGUUUACUAGGAUUAAAUAAAAUCUGGAAAGAUCUUCCCGUUUCCAUCUCAGUGCAUACGCAUUCGUCGGUCGAAACGUUACCGAAAUCAGUGGAAACGUUUCAAUUGCUACAAAAAUCAAAUUCCGAAUCGAAAUCCAAAGUGAACAUUACUCUAGUAUGGAAAGAUGUUGACGAAGAUUGCGAAAUAAUAAUUUCCCCAGUGAAAAAUACUCUGAUUGUUGGCGAAGUGAAUUUGCUGAGAUUUUUCUAUCAAUAUCUGUCAUCGGAUUCGACGCUUCAGAAUGUAUUGAAACAUGAACUUUUCGAUUUUACUCGUAUUCAAUAUUUCACUGGGAAUAAAAAAUUAGAACUCAUGAAGCAACUUAGCGAACGACUUGCCAAUAAUGAGUACUUUUCCGGUGCUAAGAAUCCUGAUGUUGCUGAUCUAGCUUUGUGGUCUGCUUUUAUGAAAAUGCAGAAAAAAGAUAACCUACCUCAGAAUAUUUCUAAAUGGCUCAAAAGAUCGUCGUCCUAUUUCGGUGUGUAAACCAGUAUGUUCCUCGAGAUCGAUUGAUAAAAAUAAUCCGCUUUCUUUUAUCUUUCACAACGUCAUUAUUUCAUUGUUAUCUUGUCUCUACAGUAAAAAUAAAUUAUCGACGUGAA